AAAAAAAUAAAACAUAUAUAAACCCAUAGAUUUUUAGUUUGCUGCUUUUAGUUCUAUAUCCCAUGUAUAUAGAGACUGUGAGCUGAUUCAGUUCUUCUCUUUUUUAUCAAGUCAUCAUGUCAGUCUCAGGUGCAAGUUCUGCGAGUUGGGUUGCUUCUUCUUCCCAAAAGUCUGGCUACUCUCUAAGCCAUGGAGCAUCUGCUGGUGCUGGUCUUUCUUCUGGUUUGUCACGUUUGAGUGUAGGAGGAGGAGGUGGAUUUGGUUUGAGCAGUGGAGGUUUUGCUCUUGGUGCAGGAGCUGGAUUGGGUGCUGGACUUGGAGGAGCUAGUCUUAGCUUAGGUGGAGGUGGUGGUAGUUUUGGACUUAGUUUAGGUGGAGGCUUAGGUGGAGGCUUAGGCGGAGGCCUAGGGGGAGGCCUAGGGGGAGGCCUAGGUGGAGGCCUAGGGGGAGGCCUAGGGGGAGGCUACGGAGGAGGCUAUGGGGGUGCUGGUCUAGGUGGAAGUGCAGCAUUUUCUUUGGGGCGCUCUUUAACUGCUGGCGGCCUAAGUUCAACUCUAAAUGUUGGGGCUCCAAGGGUUGUUCCCCAACUUCUUUCUAGAGCAAGUGAGAAGCAGACUCUAGCAGGCUUAAAUGAGCGUUUUUACUCAUACGUUGAGAAAGUGAAGCAGCUUCAGUUUGAGAAUCAAACUCUGCAAACACAACUGAAUCUGCUGACAGGGGGCACCUCAGUAACUUCCUCAGAUACCUCUGGACCUGUCAACUUUGAGCUGCAGAUUACAGACCUAAGAAAUACAGUUGAGACUCUAACGUUGGAAAAUGUUCGAUAUGAAAUUGAAUUGGACAACAUCAGGGGAGCAGCAGAAGAGCUCAAGACAAAGUAAGUAUAUCUACCGGUUGUAACAGUGGCCAUCCAUCAUAUUAGUAAAUAAAACCUCUUUGACUUAGAACUAACGAAACUUGGAAGCCAAUGUUUUUUUUUGUUUUUUGUUUUUUAAAUUUGCUGUGUACAUAGAGAGUGAGGAUUUGAAGAUAAUUUUAUUCUCUAUCGUACUUUUAUUUAUACACUAUAUACACUAAAUAUACAGCAGGGAUGGCCAAAAGGUAAAUACAUACAAACAAACAUCAAUCUCAUCUGUCAUACAAUGGUCUAGUGGUCUUUUAGACAUUAUACUGCAAGUAAAGAACACAAUUCAAAAGUAUCAGUUAAUGGUAGCAUAAUUGUGCUUAAGUUUUUUUUUUAUCCUCUGUUUUAUCCUUUAGUACAAUUUUCUUGCUCUAAAACACCUAGAAUGGAACUUUGCUGUAAUUCAAAAUAUGCAAUGAAUUAUGUAUAUGAUUAAGUGUGUGCUAUUUAUGUUUCCUUAAGGUUUGAAUUGGAACUGGGAGUAAAAUACCAACUGGAAACUGAUAUCGCAGCAAUGAAACGGGUAAAUGUUUUUUUUGUUAUUGAUUCACUACAGUAAGAAAUUGAAAAAGGAAACAUUUCAAUAUAGCACUAAGACCGCUUUGUUUUCAUGCUAGAAGAUAAUGUUUUGCUAUUUUUAGUUAACCAGAGCUUGAGUAAAAUUGUAAUGAUGUAUUUUAUAAUGAACUAUUCAAUUUAAAUUGUAAAUUAGAAGGCUCCAAAACUGCCUUGAUUCAAUGAAAGCAACUAAAUUGGAAGGUUACAUUUCUAUGAAUUCUACAGUUUCUGUGUUUAAUCAUUGCUUAUAAUUCCAAAAAUGUUCUGUAUACAUUUUACACUUAAUAUUUAAAUUACCGUAUAUACUUAUGUAUACGUCGAGAAAUGUUAGUCAUAAACUUCAUUUUAAAACGCAGAGCCGACUUAUCCACGGGUCAGUGCUAGUUUCGAGUAUGAAGAGUGUUAACUUAUGGAGAUCUAGAUACAAGCAUAUGGUUUGAUACGCCUGGAGUCAAUCAUACACCGGCCAUGAUUUAGUAUACAGUGCAGCGAUUGCUGCUCUCAUCGCAGCUGAUGACUGCCUCCUAUCGGUACCCUUUCCACGUCACUGUUGUAGUGUUGGCUGUAGUGAGCAAGCAGGACCACUAGCUGGCAAGAUAACGCUAACUGCAUGUGCCUGCCGCGUUCAGGCACGGUCAACUAAUAUCUGUGGAGCUGGGCAUGUGCACUGAGAUGUAGAGAAGUAGGUACCAUAACUCUUUACCUAGGUAAAAUCUGACAAAAUUAUAAAAAUUACAGCAUUUCAUAGCCCCAAGUUUUACCCUUGACUUAUCCACGAGUCGUAGCAUAUUUCACAAUUGUUGGUCAAAAAACUGCACUCGCUUUAUAGACGAGUAUAUAUGGUAUGAAAAAAUAUUUACAUUAUUUAGAAAAAAAAUCAACACUGGAGAGGAAAUGAAUGACCAUAAAUGAAAAUAUUGCCUCUAAUAUUUUUUUUAUAUAGGAUAUUGAAUCUGCCACUGAAUUGCGAACCACACUGGAACAAAGAUUUACAGCUGCACUGGACGACCUUGAAUUUGUGAAGAAGACACACGAAGAGGUAGGAGAUUGAGAUCUGUUGCAGAACAACAAUAAGUAUUCUUUGCAGGCAUUCUUCAGGAUCCCCAUUAUUAGUGCAAAUAAUGUAGAUAAUGCUUUAAAAAAACAGUGAAAAAAUAAACAAAUAGCAAAAGGUACCUUUGAAGUUCCUGCUACACUUGCACAAGCAAGCAUGAGCAGCAGCUAAGCCAUUCAAAGACCAGAGACUCUACCAAUCAAGAGGCUCUGAUUAUUUUCUUUAGGGUCUGAUUUGUAACCCACAAACUGCUGUUCAUUAUAUGCCACAGUGUAAAUGAUGUCAGAAGUUUACACAAACCUGAAAAAUAAUAACAAAAAUUACCUUCAUGCUGCUGUAACAUCUAGCCCCUGAUGCUUGAUCAGGAGUACAAUGCAAAAUGCAGAAUACAAGAAAAAAUGAGAGCAACCAACUAGGAUAUGAUGUGUGCACAAAGUGCGACAAUAGGAUAUGAUGUGUGCACAAAGUGCGACAAUAGUGGUUUAUUUGAAGGACAUAAAAAGAUACAGCAAACAUUUUGGGUACAUCCCUUCAUCAGUACAAAUGCCCUUAAAAACAAAGUACAUUCACUUGGUGCUUGGAGUGUCCAUUUAAGACUUUAAUAAAUGGAAAAAUAAGUAAUUUUUAUUUCAAGCGAAUAUCAGAUUUAUAUGACUAAUACCAUUAAUGAUUUGGCAGUGCAGUUAAAACAAGUUAACAUUACAUAAAGUUGCUUCAUAAUAAGGGCAAACUAUCUCCUAAAGUCAUCUAGUUAUCUCAUGCCCCCCUAGUGAAUUUGUAUCUUUUUGCCAUUUAAUUAUAAUGUGAGACUUUAACCUUAAAUAUUUUUACACAGGAACUCAGUGUACUACAGAGUAAGUUGGGAACUUCAGCUGACACAUCUGUGUCUCUCAUCGAAGUGGAUGCAGUUAGAUCAUUUGACCUCACCACUGCUUUGAGCAAAUUGAGAGCAGAAUAUGAGAAAUCUGUCCAACAACACAAAGAAGACGCAGAGACAUAUUUCAGAACUAAGGUAAUAAAUGUGAUGUUAUUCUUCAUUAAAUAUAAUUUGGACACUGAGUUAUUCAGUGGUGAUAGAUAGUCUUUGUUUCCAUGGUAUUUACUUCUUACUUUGUUCUUUACCCUACAAAUUAACCGGUUUUCUUGAUUAAUAUGACAUAUAUCGGUAUUUUUGGUAAAUAGUAUAUUUAAAAAAAAAAAUAAAAGCAGUAAAUGUAUUAUUAUAUGUAAAUAUUGAAAAGUUUUAUUAGCAGUGACAUGGACAUGGUAUGCAGUCAAUGUACCAGGGUCGCAAAGCUCUCAAAUGUGACUGUGCCCUCAGGUUCCACCUGCCAUGGGUACCCAAGCACAAGAGAGGUUUAGUUACCUUGGGAAAGUCUGAGAAGAACAAUGUUUGCCACUACUCCUGCUACAGGAGUUUGUUGGAGAAGGGGCGGGGAGGGGAGGGGAAGAUGGGGAGGGGAGGAGGAGGCACGUUUCAGGUGCUUGUGGUAAAAAAACAAACAAAAAAAACCUUAUAAAUAGCUGUAUCAAAUCAUACUUUUGGGGAAGGAGGAGCUUUAUUAUUUCUUGCACUUGGGCCCUGAAGCAUAUAGUUACACCCCAUGCAGUCCAGCAUGUUCAAGUGUCCCUUGUUUUUCAGUAACAGUGUUAUGUGACAUAUUGCCACAAGAGUUUAGGGGGUACUUAACAUUAGAGUUUACACUCAGUUAGAAUGAUUUUAGUCCUACAGGAAGAGGAAUUUUAAGAUUUAUAAUAAGUAUUUUUGUUAACACUUUCCUUACAACAUAAAUAUGGUGCUCGUUUACAGUCAUGAUUCUUUUCGUUAAAGUCAGUUGUUCACGUAUUUAUUACUGUUCCCUUCUAGAAACUAUAAUCAAGAUGUUAUUCUCAAAGAGGGCCCUGUAGUUUUGAAAAUAUUUAGUUUUUCAAUGUGUUUUUGUUACAGAUUGAAGAGAUAAACAGCGAAACAGCCAAGACAUCAGAGGUUGUUGCCGCAGUAAAAACAGAAAUCACAUCCACAAAAAAAGAACUUCAAACGUUGAACACAGAACUUCAGUCCCUUAUUUCAGUGGUUUGUAUCAAGUUUCUAAUUAUGGAAAAUUAAGCAUUUUAUGAUUCACUUGCCUUUAUAUUAUCCAAGUUUAGCAUAUCUAAUUAAAGGCUAAUGUAUCAGUUAUUCUCUGAUAAGAGAAUAUCGCUUGAGACUCAGGAGAGCUAACGGAAAUGCCAGCCAAGGAAUUUGCUACAUUCCUGUGUGCGUAGUGGAGGCGAGGAGUGGUUCCUCACAUAGGUUACAUUAUCAAGCUGUUCAAGAACAGGGGGAGGACUGCUAUGGCACUCCAGGCACAAUAAACACUUCAGUCAAUUGAAGGGGUUAUGGUGCUUGGAUUGUUACUUUAAAUGUUCCUCUGCAAAGAUAGAGAGAUGAAUGCCUUCCAAAGAUAAAACGAAGAGAGAGAGAGAGGUGAUACCUGAGUUUAUUGCACACAAUUAUUUUUUUAAACAGAGAAAAAAAUAAUGAUUUUUUAAACAACACAAAGGAGCAGGAUUGAUCUUUAUGUGCUAAUACCCAGUUUUUUGAUAUAACAGUAAUAGUAAACUGUCAAAAUGACUUCUGCAGGUCAUACGGUCAUAAGUAAUUAACUCUCUACUUUACUGGAUGGCUCCAAAUUAAUUAAAUAGAAUCAGAAUGUAUAGUACCUUGUAAGAAAUAAAAUGUAGCAUGUGUAAGUGUAAGUAAGAAUUAUAAACAGUAUGCUGUUUAGUGUGUUGAAAUAUAUUGACAUAGGUAAACAUAACAUACAAUGAUGACUAUCAGAUUUUAUAUGAUAUUUAAAUUAAAACUAGAUACAUUGUGAUUUAAUCAUAUUUUCCAGGUUGAUGAUAAUGUUCAUAAGACAACUAUAUUAUUUUUCUUUUGUUGGUAGAAUUAUACACUUGAAAGCAACCUUUCUGAAGUGGUGGCCAGGUCCAGUGUGGGAGUGGCGGAGUUCCAAGCACAAAUAACAAGCUAUGAAGCUGCCAUUGAAUCUGCAAAGGUUGAGCUCCACAAAAUUAUUAUAAACUACCAAGAACUUUUGGACAUAAAACAGGCCUUGGAUGUAGAAAUUUCUACCUACAAAAAACUUUUGGAGGGAGAAGAUCUUAAGUAAGUCCAGUUCAUCUAGAGACAUUCAUAUUUAAUAAAUUCAUAAUUUAAAGAAAAUUCUAUUCAAAUAUUCCAAUCCACCACCAUUAUAGACAUGCUAUGACUCUCAAUAUUUUAUUCACUCAAAAAUAAAAAUAUGUAUUACUAGUGACCCUGAAUAUGCAUUAAGUAUGCAUAUUUUUCUAUAAUAAAAGGAUAUAUAAAAUACAUUUUUAACAAGUGUAAAAUAAUUAUAAUGCAUAUACCCUGAUGUCAAGUGAUCCUUUUGAACCAUCGUCUAUUUAUAGAAAUAACCCCAUCAAAAGCAACAAAUAAUUAUACUUCCGUUGAUUAAGAAUAAAAAAGAGCUAAAUCGACCCCCUUUGUAGUACAAAGGAAUUUUUUUUUUAAAACUCAAAAGACAUCCUUCCCAUUAUUGGUUCUUAAUCAAUCACAGUAUGCUAUUCAGUACCCAAGAACCUCAGGGCAGUAUAUUUUGUAUAGCAGGAUUCUCAGGCAAAGAUAAGCUUGAUCUUGAAGGCUCUGUAGAUUGCUUACAUAUAUAAAUGAGUUCUCAAAUUUAAUGGUUGUUUAUUAGUUUUAAUUGUUUUUACUUAGAAAUGUCCAGGUUUGAUAAACAUUUAGAAGUUAUGCAGUGUAUUAUCUUCAAUUCAGAUCCCAGCCUGUUAUAAUGUUUUCCAACUUAUACAGUAACUAAUUAAUCUAACAUGCAGAUGGUUUUUUGAAUCCAUUGUCAUUUAUCUUGAUUCAUUUCAGGAAGUAUCUUUCAAAUGGUGAAAUAGUUUAUAUUUAAUAUUAAUGAAUUAUAUUAUCUUUUUAGAUUCCCUGACGUGGGGGUGUUGACAGGAGGCACAUUCACUUAUUCUUGUAAGUAAACCAACAAGAUGGAAGUGAGAAUUGAAUAAUGGUUCUCUGAAACACCAUGCAGGCUUUUAGCAUCACUGUUUUUUGUUAAAUAUGCCAAGUGUCUGAUGAUAUGUGCAAAGAGACCUGCCAUCCACAGACUGUGGAUUGCAAGUUCACCUUCAAAAAUGUUAAAUUGCCAGUAAUAUAUAGUACAAUAGCAAUCUUUAAGAGAUCUCACACAAUAUGGCAUACUGGAAUUUACAGAAUAGCUGCAUGCACAGUUGUUCAACCCUACCACUAAAUGACGCACAUGGUAUCCAAUAGUUCCAAGCAUGUGAGUGCGAGUUAGGAGAUGUGGGAUGCUGCUGUGUCAUCCGGGGGUAUGAUGACUACUGUGAAUCUAGUGUUGUCUUCUUUAUUUAUUAUUACUGCUAUUCUGUCUACUUAAUUUGUCUACUAUUUGGCAAGUACAAUGAUCAAAUGUUAUAUUAGUGCUCUUUAAGAGGAAAGCCAUGCUUAAAAAUAUGAAAGGAAAAAUAAACCUCACCUUUGACAUUCUUGCAUGUGUGAUAAUUCAGUAAGCUCAGACUAAACCAGGAAGUGAUUCAGCCAACAAGGGAGCUGAGUGCACUCUCUAAUCCCCUGCCUAGCAUGGAUUUGUAAGAACUGUAGUUCAGCACAGAAAUUCCACUUAUCAGAUAAGAUGAUGGAAAUGCUGCCUUGGUUGAUACAUGCUGUCCCACAUGUGCUAUCAUCACUGCUUAAUACAGCUUUGUGAAAGAAGUAAUCAGUUGCGGAAAUGUUGAAAUGAAUUAUUAGACAAGAUUUCACUAAUAUGCUUGUGCACACCGUACAAAUAUUUGGAUGUUCCGCGUAGAAACUAUAGCUUCUUCCUAAGAUGCAUGUCACUAAAGAAGUGGGCUUAAAACUACAGUUUUGAAAAUUGCUGUACUUUCAAGCAGCUGUAUGUAGGCAGGCACAAGCUAGCAACCUUCAUGCACCAUAACAUUGGAAAGAACAUUGAUUGUUAUGAUACUUGGAGUGUCCCUUUAAUUCAUUUUGAAGUUCAUGUUUACAACCCAUUACUAUGAGUGAGUUCAGUUAGCUAAAUAUAUCUUUAUUUUAAUUAUUUGCUUUUUUAUUCUAUUAAAACAUGCAUUCUAAAUAAAAAUUUACAUAGUAAGCUUAACACAUUGAUGUUAUAUAUUUUACAGCUGAUUCUGGAUUUCAGAAGAAAGAGACAAGUAAGAAGAAAAUUUUAUUAUUUGUAAAUUGAGGAAAAUGUAAAUAUGUAACCAGGAACACUGUUAGGUUACAGAGACCUUGAUCCCAAAGGAAAUGUUGAUGAUCCCUACACAAACAGAUAGCGGUGGAUAUGUCAUGACAUAACUGGCCUAUCUAUAUUGUGUCCCCUCUUCUCUACCCAUGAGAAUCUCAAUGAAAGCAUAGCUGGAAAGAAGGUCAUGCUGCACCUAUAUGUAUUCAAUGUGAUCUUGCCAUGUUACCUAACUAAUCUAACGUUCGUUUCACUUUACUACUUAUAUUUCUUUUUAAAGAAGGUAGCUGCUCUUAGAACUACAGAGGCAUAAUUUUUCUAACCUAGACACAUAUACAUUUGUUAACCUUUCAUCCUAACUAAAAACUUCCAUUCCUUUUUUUAGUUUUGUAGCCCACCUCUAUAUUUUUUUCUAGUGCCAUUAUAUUCCUGAAUGGUAGUCACAGCCACUUUACAAAACAUGGUGCAUAGUUAGGGAUCUUUAUGUGAAAUUUAUGUGCUCCAGGUAUAAAAUUAAUUUACUAUUUGUGAGCAAUCCAAAGGAACCACACUUGGUACACAUUGAUUCUACAUACUACAGCAUUGUUAAGUCCUGUCUGGCAGAAUUCACACAAGCUGUCAUGGUUCUAAUCAGGUCAGAUAAGAGACUUAUACCGGGGUUAACUUUAGGUUCUUUAUUAGAAAUCUUUGACAUGGUUAGUCUUGAAAUAAUAAGAGUAGCAGGACUUAAAGGGAAGUGGAAAUAAUAAAGACAAAGGGAGAAAGUAGAACCUAGAAACGAAAUUACAGGCAAGCAUAUUGAGGGCUAUAAAAUAAAGAGUUUAGACAAUAAGCCCCAGACAGAUUAUAAAGUAGCAGGAAAACCUAUAAGUAAGAUUAUAGGCAGAAGGAGAACCUAUAAACGAAAUUAUAGGCAAUAGGUAGAAGAAGAACCUAUAAGCGAGAUUAUAAGUAUAAAGAAAGAUUACAUAAAUAGAGGGUUUGAGCAAUAUCCCUCAGGCAGGUUAUUUGGUAACAUGAUAACUUAGAAGUAAUAAUACAGGUAACAAAAGAGAAGGAAACCUAUAACUGAAAUUAUAGGUUACAGGUAAAUAAAAUACAACUAGACAGAAAUACAAAAGGUUUAAGUAAUACAGGUUAGUUAGAAGUUUAGUGCAUCAGCCUCUUUGAUUUAAAGGUAGCACUGCAGGUUUUGGAUAGUUGUAACAGGGUCUUUCAGGAUAGUUGCAAAUAUCAGGAAUUUUUGUUAUAUCCAGGUUAGUUGUGUAGUUUUCGGUAGGUGUACAGUAGUUUAGAAACCAAAGCAAUAAGGAAUCAAAGUCCAGUAUGGAAUAAAGCAGGUUGGUAUUGAAGAUCAGGAUUGUCCCCAAGCUUAUUGAUAGUAAGCAGGUUGUAAAUAAAUCAGAUUGGUAGGAUAAAUCAGGAUGGGUUCAAUGGUAUUCAGAGUAGAGCAGGCUUUCUCAGUAGGAGCCAUGAUUAGAAGUCUUGUCAGGAUCAGAACAUAAACUUCAGUCAAUGUAAAGGCAAAUUGCUUUAGCAGGGUGUGGCCUCUUAUAGCAGAUUAAAUGAUCAUGCUAUGCAGGUGAGAGUAACUGAGGUUAGACUAGUGGCUAGGGAGGUCACUAGUGGUGGAAAACUGUAAUUGUAGAAAAUAAAACAGCAGAAAAGAAACAUAAUUUUGGUUGUCAGGAUAGUAUCCUGACCCAAGCAGUUUGUCAAUUCUAUGUGACAGGUAGAUGCAUUGAAUUUAACAUCUGUUUUAUUCCUUUUUUUACUUUAGUUGAACUGCUUGGCUGAAUGGAAACCCCCACUGACACUUUUGUCCGAAAACGCACUCUGAAUCCCAGAAAAUAUAAUUCCCCUCCGUGUUUGCAUGUUUCCUAGUCUACUGGCAAUUAUUGCUUUUGCCUUUAUGGUGUAAAAUCUUUAUGCAUCAAUAAAAAACUUUUGCAGCAUUAUUUUGAUCUUUAAAUAUAUCUAGUGGAAGAAGGUGAAUGUGUCCACUGCUUGAAGUUUG